AAACUCCAUAUAUGCUCAUUCGCGUGUUUUAUUGUUUCUCAUGGAAAUUCCACCGCCUCGCCGGUAGAUGGAGACACCGUCCUUUUGCAUUGACUGACAGCAGCAGACGAGAGUAAUUCACGCGAGUUUUGUUGUCAUGCAUGCUCCUUCCGUUUCACUGUGACUCUGUACAUCAACUAUUAGGACUUCUAAUUAUAUUCCUGCUAACUCGUUUGCGUGGUUCUCUUGUGUCACAGAGGUCACGUAAAAAAAUGUCGUCAGUGUUUUCUUUCCAGGCACAACUGGUGUCCAUCAUGGACGCUUUAUCCAAAACAGCUGUAACAGAAAUUAGCAAACUGGUGGAGAUCGAAUCGAAAAUGCUGAAAAUAGAGAUAACUCGUGGCCGAAACGAGAUCGCUUCGCUUACGGAGAAACUGCAAUUGAUGGAGAAGCUGCUCUACAUGGCGCAGGGGAACAGACAGGAGGUGGUGUUACCGACAGCAGCAAGGGACUCCCCAUGUUUGGCCUCUGAUAGAACGAGACCACUUAGAAAAAGUAUGGCGAAUUCCAGUGAAACUUUAUGGGAUAAAAGAAAUUCCUCUCCUGAGACAACCCGUUUUUAUCACAGUGAAAACCAUACAGCAACUGAAUCAGAGAAAGAACUACCUGAACUAAGAGUGAUAAAGGAGGAGCCACCAGAUUUGGAUAACAGCUACACUGAUCAGGACCAAACUGCUGAAAUCGGAGUGGAAGCUUUUACAGACAUCCAGAAGAGUCCAGAAGUGACACAGAAUACCAAACCCACUGUGGAGCACCACCAACCUGUAUUUACCGAUGACAUUAUGACUCUAAGCCAGCCGUCUCUCCCAAAACCAUGGAGCACUGAAACACAUUGGAGUUCACAAUUACCAGCAGCAAAGACUAAUCCAGGGGAUGGGGAAAGUGUGGCUCAAAAUGUUCAAAGUGUUGCCUCCCAAAGCAUCAGUGUUCUAAGGAAUACAAAGCUUCACAAUUAUCGGAACUCAGUUACAAAGCGGUUUGGGUGCUUGCAUUGUGGUAAGAGUUUCAGAUGUUUCAGUCAGCUUGAAAUACACCAGAGAAGCCACACCGGAGAAAAGCCAUUCAGAUGCACAUUGUGUGGAAAGCGAUACGCUCAAAAAGGGCACCUGUACACACACCAGCGCACACACACCGGUGAGAAGCCUUAUCGCUGUCCGGUUUGUGGUAAGGGCUUCAUUCAGAAAUGUACCCUUGAUAUGCAUCAGCGCACGCACACUGGGGAAAAGCCUUUUGUUUGUGUCAAAUGUGGCAAAGGUUUUACAAAGAAUUGUAAUUUAAAGAAACAUCUCUCAGUUCAUUUAGAUCCUUGUUUGAAUAUCUAUGGCAGUGAACCCAGAGCCUCUGCAUUGAGUGGAGCAUUCCUUAAUGGACCUUUUCUCUGUUGGGGUUUCAGCCAAAUAGCCACAUCAAUACGGAGCUUCUUUGGAAAAAUGAUGUGCGACAACACCAACCGGAGCUUCCGAGCGCAACUCGCCGUGAUUCUGGACAAGUUAACGAAGGCGGCGCUGGUUGAAAUCAGCAAUCUGGCGGAUGAAUGCUCCUCCGUCCUGCGCACCGAGAUUUCCCUGCACAAGACGGAGAAUGAGGCUCUGAAGAAGAGAUGUUACUCACUGGAAGUGCAGCUCAGUGCCGCAAGGGAGGCGCAGACUUACCCCGCAGACGCCAACAACAGUGUCAGCUGCAGGCAACCUACAGAUCAGCAGCACUGUGCUCCAGCCAUUGAAGGAGUGUUUGGGAAAGACUGGUGCAUGGACCUUUGGAGAGAAGAAAGGCUUCCACCUCAAAGAAGACCACCCAUGGAUGUUGGUCUGAUGGCAGGCACAGAACCACAGGCAAUUGACAUGAUGGCAAGAGAGCCUGACCUCAUCUUUGUCAAGGAGGAAACAUACGACGAUCAUCCUAUCAGUCAACAGCUGAGGCAUGCUGGGAGCAGAAAAAUUGUGGGCAUGUGUGAAGACGAAGGCAUGCUUCAUAGAGCUGUUAACGAAAUGCAGCUUUCCUCCGGAGAACAAACCAACUUCCCCAUGACAUCUGAAACUCAGAUGCAUCAGCGCACCCAGCAACCAAUUAUGGACAAGCUACUCGACGAUGCAACCAUGAGCACACUGGUUGACAACACCAAUCUACCCUCAGCCACCCUGGAACACUCGGACUACACAAACAGCAUCCAUAUGAACACAACCAAAGAGUUCGUUCUACAGCCGAAACCUCUGAAAACAACAAAGCGCUUUGAGUGUUUGUUCUGUGGAAAAAUCUUCAACUACCUGAGUAGUCUGAAAGUCCACAUUAGGCGACACUCUGGUGAAAAGCCUUUCAGUUGCUCUGUGUGCGGGAAGCGUUUUGCUCAAAAGACAUACCUGAAAUUGCACCAGCGUGUGCAUUCUGGGGAAAAGCCUUAUAGCUGUCCCAGCUGUGGCAAAAGCUUUUCACAGAAAAGCUCUCUGAACAUCCACCUUCGAACACACACUGGUGAAAAACCUUACAGCUGUGUGGACUGUGGUAAAUGUUACGCUUAUAAAUAUGGUUUAAAUCAUCAUCAGUGCUUCAAUUGGCUGGUCAAACCAGAAGCAUACGAAAGAGGUGGUGUCGGUCUUGAUCAGAGCGGUUCAAUGUGUGCCAACAUAACUAUUUAAGCUUCCACACAAAUGAAAAGCAUCUUUUUAAAAUACAGCCUUUUUUUAGAGGAGAUUGAACAAACCACCACCUUCUCCUGAAGCCACACUUUACUAUGGGAAACCAUUGACUGUAUAUCAAACUGGACUGAGCAACUGUGAUAUCACCCAUAGAAAAUGACGUACCUCCGGCUCCAGCUAAUUCAGUAAUCGUUCUUCUGCAAUGUGGAUGCUGACAGACAACAGUCAUAAGUCUGUGUCAACAUUUCUAGGGCAAAUACUGUCGCCAAUCAUGAGUGAGUUUGUCCUUCUGAUUGGCUAGUUUAUAACUUGAAUAAUUUGCGAGAAAGAAAAAAAUGUCAUGAAAAAGAUUUGGAUUAACAAGAGAAUGUUUAGUAAACAGUACUGGAGCAAGAAUUGUUAUUAUGACAAAUGGAAUGACUGAGUACUAACCAUCUAUUUUUCAAUAGAACUCAUGGGAUUUUGACUUCUUGGAACCAGCAGAUACUUCCUGUUUGGAACACAAGGGGGGAGUGAGUCACUCAGUCCAGUUCUCUGUAUACAGUCAAAAUGGGAGACAGGGCUUUAAGAUGGCCAGUCUACAGCUGUGGAAUGACCUUUCAGAUGAUCUGAGUCCCAGAAUCUGACAAAUAUACAAACUUUGUUAAACCUUUAAAAAAUGAAAUCUUUUAUUAUUUUAUCUUUUUCUUUUGUUGUUUCCUUUUGAUUGGAUCUUUUGUAAUAUUGUGAGUUUGGAGAUUUCUCUGUUAUGUAAAAUGCAUUAUGAAGAUGUAUUCAUUGAAACAAUUUACCAUGCCCCAUGCAAUUAGAACAUGUAAAAAAAAGUCUAAAUGCAAACUCUUUACUUCCGUGUCACUCAUGCAUGUCAAUAUACCUCAUAUCUUAAAACACAAAGGCCUGUCUUGAAAAUGCCAAAAAUAAUACCUCUGGGCAGGUAAUCAACAGUUUGCACACAAGUAGCAUAAACCUUUAAAACUACCUCUUAGAAAAAAAAAAGAAAAAAAUGUUUUUCUUUAUUGGCCUGGUGUCAACAUUGUUUUUCAGAAGCCAUAUCUUUUGUUUUGCAUUCAAAUGAAAUGAAAUGUUUGUGUUUGUUACAUUAUAUUUAAAUUAGCUCAUGAAGUAAUUAUUGUAGUCUAAAUGGUGUUGCUGUGUGAAUAAACAUUUAUGGUUACCUCAUAA